AUGUCCCAUUCAUGGCUACAGCGCAAGCGCAAAGGCGAGCUGAUCGACCUCGCGCAGAAAGCUAAGCUACCUGACGCCGAUGGCUACUUGAAAGACGACUUGGUCGAGUGGCUUGAGGACCAUCUCAACUCCAACGAGACAACAUACGCCAAACGCGCCGAAUUCCGCGACUUUUAUGGUCGCAGUGGGUCGCCGAUAAAGCGCGAGCGCUCAUCGCCUUCCCAGGCCCUUUUAGUCACUAAGCCGCGCCGUCGAACCCUCGUCAAAGCUCCCUCCGAGGAGCCCACGCCCGAGAAGAGUAGUCUUGUGACGCGCACCCCGCGCGCGGUGUCUCGACGCGUUUCUCAAGUUCUGUCUGAAGUUGACAUCCCAGCGUCGCCCGCGCAGCUCGCUGAGGUCGCGGACCAGUCUUUCCAGGUUGUCAAGACCAAAGCUACGGAGUUGUGGGAUCGAUCGCAAAUCGACGACAUAAAGGAGCUUGUGCGCGAGAACGCGAGCUCCGUUGCUGCUAUCCAGACGCUCAUCCUGCUCAUCGAGGCCGUCGGACUCCAGUGGAAUACCCUAGAGACGACCGCUGCUACUACCCUGCCAGAUCAGGUCUCUAAACAUACCGGUUUUCUGUUCCUUUUGGUGCCAAACUUUACGGCGCUUCUUUCGAGCGAGUGGUGGUCACCCGCGAUCCUCUGGUCACUGACGAGCUGGGUCCUCCCCCUCGUCUUCUCCUACUUUUUCAAUUUGACCCUGGGCUCGAACACGAAGCGCAGAUCCUCCGACCGCCAGUACCCCGCCGAUCCACUCACAUUCAACAUUGUGAAGGCUAUUUUGGUUUACAGCGCCUUCCGCAUACACACCAUUGACGCCGGAGUCGUUGGCGAACCUGGUAUUGCCCGUGUGAACGACUACAGUUGGGGACCGUUCUCUGCAGAGACUGUUGGUGUUGUCCGUAACAACGUGCCUGGGAAAUACAUGGGCUUGCAAAUUGGCGCUUGGGUCGGCAUACUCGUCAGUCUGUACGAUGCUGCUUUGAAGAAGUAG